AUGGACCCGGAAUCUAAUAAAAGAAGUAGAGACGAGUUUGAAGAACAAUCAGGAUACGUCAAUGAGUCUCGUUUCCCACCUCAACAACAAAGUUUCUCUUACGAGUCCAAGCGACAACGUAUUGAUCCAGCACAAGAAUUAAUCAACAAUGUGUGUAAAGACAUUAGGAGAUUGGGUGAAAACUCAAACGUCGCCACCCAGAUUGAUGAUGUCAACUAUAUAUCCAAUCCUAUAGUUGCUGAAUUUGAAAAGAUUGAGAGCCUUCGAAAUGCCAUCUUGUCAACCAUGUAUGCCCUUAUCAUUGAGCAACCACACAAGAUUAGUGCCCUUAGUAACUUGGUAUUCAUUUGUAAUGCCAAAAAUUUUGUUAUUGCCAAGUAUGUGGUUGAAUAUUUGCACACAAAGAUGCAGUUGUUGUUAGAUUCAAUUGGUGGUGAGGUUCAAGAAGAUAUUUCACGGGAGCAUGCCGGUGUUUUCAAUAAUAUCAAAAGUAUCUUGAAAUUUUUUGGAGCCAUAUCACCCAUUGUUGAAGAUUAUUCAGUCAUUAAUGUGUUGAAGCAAUUUUUACAAUUUGCCAUUGACAUGCAAAGUGAAUCCGACAAGAGAAAUGGUAUUGCUCAAGAGAUUUACUACAAUGUAUUGAUUGCAACGCCAUACUUGUUGAGCAACGACAAGAGUGAGGAAUUGCAUGGGUAUUUGAAUGAUAUUAUUGAACUUGCUGACAAGUUCCCCAUCAUUGAACCGGAAUCGAACAUCUUGAUUCAACCAUUUGACAACAAGAUGGACAACCUUGAAAUCCCAUACCAACCUAAAAAGAUGGUAAACUUGAUCUUACCUGCAUUGAAGCAAUUGCAAGCUGAAGAUUGGCAAUUGAAGCUCUUUCUUGACUUUGAACCAUUUUUGGAGCCAGUUUUGAAGACAAUUUUGGACAGUAAUGCCAUUUCAAAAGACAUUGUUAAACAUAAAUUACCUCAAUUAUCAUUACCUUCAAUGGAAAAGAUGAACAUUUACAAACCACGUAAUGAAGAUAGUAUUGACCGUAUAUGGCAGCAAAAUUCACGUGUUUUGCUUCAAGUUUACAAUCAAGGUACUGAAUUUGAAACAGUUCCGACUAUUGAAUCAUAUAUUGGGUUAUUUUUCAAGGAUUUAUCAUUUGAUAUAUUAACCAAUUUAUCAUUCAACAAGACCGAAGCAUCAAUACAGUUGUCUAUUUUGGAUUUAUUCUUCAACAAAGAAUUGUUUAGUCCCAUGGGCACAUCAAUUAAUGAAUUGACUGAAAUUCACCACAAAAAUCGUACUGGAGAAAACGCCACUCCGUUAUCGACUUGGAAAAUCGAGGAUAUUGCUGUUGAGAGUAUCUUGACCAUGAUUUUCCAGUUACCACACACUUUGCAUCGGGAGAUUUAUUAUUACACAGUUUUGAUCUCGUGUUGUAAAGAAAGUCCUGAAUCAAUGGCUCCUGUUUUCGGUAGAGCCAUUCGUUAUUUUUAUAAUAAUUUACAAACGUUGGAUUUCGAGUUGAAGAUUCGAUUCUUGGACUGGAUGACUACCCAAAUUUCCAAUUUUGAAUUUAGUUGGAAAUGGGAUGAAUGGGUUCAAGACUCACAAGAAUUUUCCAAAUUGAAAUAUCAUCCGAAAAAGAAUUUUAUCAAGAAUUUGAUUGCCAAGGAGAUUAGAUUAUCCAAUAAAAAGCGAAUCAAGGAGAGUUUUAUUGACGUUGUUGAUGAUGAAGUGGUUCCAUUUGAAGAGUUUUAUCAGUAUUUGGAUAUAUCAGUGGUGCGCAAUGCCAGAGAUUAUAUCAUUAAUUACGACUCUGCCUUGUAUGGCGACUCAGAAGAAAUUAGAACCAAGAUCACCGAAAUGUAUGAUGCCAAGCAAGCAACAUUGGCAACUAAAAGUAACGUUAGUUUCCAAGAUGAGAUUUUUUACAAUUUCACCAAUCCUGAAUUACCAUUGAGUAAUGUUGCUUCUCAAGUUUAUGAAUUUCUUGUAUCACAUUACAAGAGUAAUAAAGAAAUGAAUGAAUUGUACAAUUCGGUACUUGAACAAAUACAGCAAGUGCAAAGUGGCCAAUUAGAUGCCAUGGUUUCGGUUGACAUCCCCAACCCUGUCAAGUUUGUCAUCAAUUUAUUUUUUCAAACGUAUGCAUAUAUUGGAUCGAGAUCAAUUUACUCUGAAGUGAGUAUUUUGGAUCGAGAUGUUGAUAAAUUGAAAUUUCUUAGUGGACAACCAAUAACUUCUGCCAAAAAAGUGGCCAACCCUGAUGAUGAGUUUGAAAAAUUAUACUUGUCUGAUGAUGAAGUCACCAAUAGACAAAAUUGGAUCAUUGAUGCUAUUUUCAGAAUCUGGGUUCAUCAAUCACAAGUCAUCUUUUUGAUUUUAGAAUACUUGAUUGAGUUUGAGAUUUUGGACCCAAAAUACCUCAUUGACAAAGCAUUCAAGACAAAUUUAAUCAUUGAUAAUGUAUCAUGUAUUGAGUCAGUGAAUCGAAUAUUGGAAACGUCAAAACCACCAGUUUUGAAACAAUUGAUGAUUGAAAUUUUCACAAUUGUUGUUUCUAAGCUCAAUGAGUUGGAUUUGGGUGUUGAUGAUGUUGUGCAUAUCGACGAAUUGAAUGAGGAUAAUUCCAGUGAAGUUGACAAACAAUGGCUAUUUUAUGAGUAUUUGGGAUUACUCAAGUCAUAUUUUAGAAAAUAUAUCAAGAACCAAGCUGAAGCUAAUGGGGAGGAGGUAUUGCAGGAUAUCAAGAAUGUGUUUAAUGGGUUGGAAAAUAUACCUGCUAGAAUCGAGAUUCUUGGUUGGUUUAAGGAGAUUUCAUAG